AUAGUUCAUAGUCUGUAUAUCACGCGCACUGCCACUUUUCUUAAACAUAUUUAACAUUCUUAGAUAUUGCAUGUCUUAUUAAUUUCCCAUGGUGUUACUAUGACGUAUUAUGAAGCGCCGCGGCUUUAAAUGCUUUGCUGUACUGGAAAGAGGGAUGAUAUUAGGUCAAAGUCACUCUCGCUCACUGCAGACUAUGGCAGCCAAUGCAUGGGAACAGUCAUAUUCUGCAAGAGCAAAUGCGUGGUCCUGACGCAACAAGUAUCUGGUUUCCAGUCUCUCCGUUGGAUGACUACGCGCUGUCUAGAGACGAAGAGGUGUUAACCCAAAGAAAAUCCAUAUGCAACUUUUUAUCUGAACUCUCUUACAGUUUUUAAACUGUCGUUUAUGGUUGAGUUUAAGCGAUUGCGUAAUAGUUGCUCCGUUUUUUUUAUUUUUUUAUUUUUUUUUACCGUUAUUGCUACUUUUCUUGAUGUAUUAAAGGUGUGAGAGGAUCGAACUGUCCGUGAAAGGAGUCUUUGGAGGAUUUUCCUCACAUCUUUUCUUUAGUUGUACGUGGUUUAAGUAUAUGGAUACUUUUACGGAGCGGAGACGGUAGAUUAUGCAUUCCGCAGGAUGGGUGCGAACAAUGGGAAACAGAGCGGGAGUGAAGGGAAAGGUAGUUCCAGUAUUUCCUCCGACCUGAGUUCAAGUACGGAUCAGACAUCGACCAAAGCUCCAAAGAAUGCAGCUACCAGUGAAGACUCGGAUCUUAGCAUGCGAACAGUGAGCACACCAAGCCCAGCUCUGAUUUUGCCCUCUUGUUCUUCCCCUGCCAUAUUCAAUGGCUCCUCUACAUCCUCAUCUGCCUUCAGCACAGAAACUAUUGCCAUGGUGCACACACCCCCCACCUCCCUCACCCACCCCCAGAGGAGCCUGCGGCAACCAAAGGACCACCAGGGGGCACCCAUCGAUAUGCUCCCGGACCACGCCUUUCUACAGAUCUUCACCCACCUGCCCACCAACCAGCUGUGCCGCUGUGCCCGUGUAUGCCGUCGCUGGUACAACUUGGCAUGGGACCCCCGCUUGUGGAGGACUAUUCGUCUGACAGGAGACGUGCUACACGUGGACCGCGCUCUUCGGGUUCUCACUCGAAGACUCUGCCAGGAUACCCCCAAUGUAUGUCUCACCUUGGAGACAGUUGUGGUUAGUGGCUGUCGGAGGCUGACUGACCGUGGACUGUACACAGUGGCACAGUGCUGUCCAGAACUCCGUCGCUUAGAGGUUUCCGGCUGUUACAAUGUAUCCAAUGAGGCUGUGUUUGAAGUAGUGUCACGCUGCCCCAACUUGGAACACCUGGAUGUUUCAGGGUGCUCUAAGGUAACCUGCAUAAGUCUAACUCGGGACGUUUCAGUCAAACUCUCCCCUCUUCACGGUCAGCAGAUCUCCAUCCGCUAUCUUGACAUGACGGACUGUUUUGCUUUGGAGGACGAAGGCCUGCACACCAUUGCCGCCCAUUGUACUCAGCUCACUCACCUCUACCUACGCCGCUGUGUGCGCCUGACUGAUGAGGGUCUGCGUUUCUUGGUCAUCUACUGCCCAUCUGUGCGCGAACUCAGUGUCAGCGACUGCCGCUUCGUCAGUGACUUUGGCCUGCGGGAGAUUGCAAAACUAGAGGGCCGUCUGCGUUACCUCAGCAUAGCGCACUGCGGCCGCAUCACUGACGUGGGCGUGCGUUACAUAGCAAAAUACUGCAUCAGACUGCGUUACCUGAAUGCUCGUGGCUGUGAGGGACUAACGGACCACGGCAUUGAGCACCUUGCCAAAAACUGCCCCAAAUUAAAGUCCCUGGACAUUGGGAAGUGCCCUUUGGUGUCAGACGCAGGCCUGGAGCAGCUUGCACUAAACUGUUUCAACCUGAAAAGACUCAGUCUGAAGACAUGCGAAAGUAUUACAGGCCGUGGGCUGCAAGUAGUGGCGGCAAACUGCUUUGACCUUCAGCUGCUGAAUGUACAGGACUGUGAUGUGCCACUGGAGGCUCUGCACUUUGUCAAACGUCAUUGUAAACGCUGUGUUAUUGAGCAUACCAAUCCAGCCUUUUUCUAAGAGCUAUAAAUAUGGGAUUGUUGAAGGAUUUGGGAAGAUAAUCUCUUUUGACCAGCGGCAGUGACUUCUCUGCUAAAUAAACGUAGAGGAGAUUUCCACUGCUGCACCUUUGCAUUUAAUUUUGCAUGGUUGGGAGUAAUCUUAUCAAAGAAUUUUGUUUUUAAUCCAUUUAUUUAUGUUUUUAUUCACUUAUAUUUUUGGAUUACUCAUCUUGCCUAUGCCAGAUUGUAUUACAUUUAACGUGUAUAGAAGUGUGUUUUUUGGUUUUGUUUUUUUCAAAGGACAUUUCAAGCAAUGAAUUACCAGGAAUGCACUUUGUUGAUGCUUUGAAAUGAUGGGACGUUAACCGGAAUUCUAACUAGACACAUUUUACAGGAUAUGUGACUACAGUGGUCUACAAUUGAUUUUUUUUAAAAUACAUUUUAAAUCUCUGUUCUGAAUGUUGAGCUUUGUGUUUCAUCAUGUAAGCCUAAUUAUUGGUUUCUAUCUUGGUUUUAUUUCCAAGGAAAAUGACCAAACAGUGCCAUUUUCACAGUGACGUUUACCUUUGUAAUGGUCAAUGCUGCGUGUUUCAGGUGUUUAACAAAGGAAGACCACAGUGGAGUAAAGAGGUCUAAGCCAUAUUAAAGAGAAUUGCGAUGUUUACUUUUGUGUAGCUAACUUGCAGAGGCAGCACUAGGGAGGGGCUAGCAUGUGCUUCAGCCUCCCCAAGAAAGUCUGUAGCACCACCAUCAAAUGUUUUAUAACAGCCAGCAGAUUAUCCUCUAUAUUAAGAUUGUAUGAAGAAACAUUUUCCCUGACAAUAUUUUAGGAAUCAUAUUGUGUGUACUGUAUUUCUGUCGCCUGUUUAAAAUCAGAACUAGCGAUGCCCGAUUUACGAAUCAAUUACACAUUUGAGUCGAUUCCUUCAAAGAACAAGUCAAACGGUUUAGCAAAAUGGUCCGAAUCAUUCAGACAGCUCACGCACUGUAUUGUUUGGAGCGUUUCUCACCCCGUAAAAACAGAAAUUAAAUAAAUAGAACAGAAAACAAUCAAGUGGAAUAUUUACUGUCAUGAUACACAGAGCAGAUGAGGAGGUAAUCUUAACUGUUGAAAUUGUAUUAAGCGCACUCCAACUUCAUGUCUAACAACCAGAGCCCUUCUACCAAGUGUGCAGCUUUUGAACAACUCAAGGCCAUUUUUCCAACCAAACAGGUAUCAAAAAGUAUCAUUGCAUGUUUUUUUUACAUGUAUACAUUGGAGUACUACGUAAACACCAUGGUGUACGUCAAUGCACCGCAGUAUUACCAUCUGAUAUCAUAACAACACCAUGGUCCUGCCACAGCAGGCUAUUUUUUUGUGCAAAGGUACCUGAUUUUGAGAAACUUUAACUAGUGCUGGAUGUGCUGUGUGAAUAAGUCUUUUAGCAAUGUUUUGUAGCCCGUAGUUACAUUAAUUGCUACACAAGAUAUAUACUUGUUAAAAGGUAAAAAUGCUGCUCUUAAAGUCACCAGAAUUAAAUGCUUUAGUGCCAUUUUUGCAAAAGGUUUCUCCCAGGGGAGCAUGUCCCCAGACCCCCAAUAAGGAUACACUGUUUUGCUGUACCUGUGCUUCAGACAGUACUGUAAAAAGCUGAAAACACCCCUGAAAGUUUUUGCCUGUUUUAUUGAGGCUGCAGCAUAGGAAUGUCACUUCUGUUGUCACCACGUGCAAACUGAUAUUAAUAAAAUCGCUUGGCCAUGCCGGGUUUUGCACAUAUUUAGUGACUGUCAAUGAUUUAGCACCUCUUCAGCACCAGCAAUCAAAAUUCGCUGGUGCCACCCCUGCUAACUUGAAUUAGUGUCCAAAAGCAACAUGAUUGUGACCACUGAGAAGGCGUAAAAUUGUCUGAUGACAGAACAUUUAAAUUUGGCCUCGUUUCUCGUCCUUUUUUCCUCUUCUCUGCGUGGUGUACGGUAAGACCAGUGGCAGGGUUUGAACACUAGGUGUUGCAUCCGCAUUAAGGCAUUUACAAGGAGGUUAAAAUGAAGUGAAAAACAGAUCAAUAUUUAUGUCCCUUUUUUUUUUUUUUACCAUAAAUCUCCAAUUUUACUUUAAAUUUGAAAGUGAAAGUGGAGAUUUAUAGUAAGAAACACUUACUGUAAAUAUUGAUCUGUUUCUCACCCACACAUAUCGCUUCUGAAGACAUGAAUUUAACCACUGGAGUCUUAUGGAUUACUUUAAUGUGGCUUUUAUGUGAUUUUUGGAGCUUCAAAAGUCUGAUCACCAUUCACUUGCAUUGUAUGGACCAACAGAGCUGAGAUAUUCUUCUAAAAAUCUUUGUUUGUGUUCUCCAGAAGAAAUAAUAAAUAAAUAAUGAGAGAAUUUUCAUUAUUAAUUUUAAAAUAAAAAUUAUCACUUUCAACAAACUUUUUAAUUAAUACUUCUUUCUUUUCGAGGCCUUUAAAAAUAUUAAACUUUAAUUUAUUAUUUUAAUAUUUUAUAACUAAGUUUUAUAUUUACAUGUAUUCAUUUAUAUUAUUAAUUGGGGCCUGUUUUUUUUUUUUAUUUUAUUUUAUUGUCAUUUAUGCUAAUGGUUUUAUUUCAUGUUGUGAAUCCCCCUAUUUUUGUUUGGUGAUGCACAAUUAUGCAUUGUGCAAACUCGCUCACUAUCAAUUUAAGCCUAAAAUAUACUUCCAAGGGUUUUAUUUCUUUUAAUGUACAGUUUAUCUGAACUUAAAGUUGAUGUUUUUUAUAGCUGAAUAGCUGUAAUGAACGUAUAUAAAAGAAUGGAACUCUUCAUUGUGAUGUCAUAAUGACCCAUGAGUCUGUGGAAUGUUGAAUGUACAAGUUGCAGCCUAUAAAAGUAGUUGAACCCUUUA